UGCAGGUAUUAAAUAAAAUAUGCUGUUGUCAAUAGGAAUGCUGAUGUUGUCUGCCACUCAGAUAUACACUAUUCUGACUGUUCAGUUAUUUGCUUUCCUGAAUCUUUUACCUGUGGAAGCAGAUAUUUUAGCAUAUAACCUUGAAAAUGGAACUCAGACCUUUGAUGAUCUACCUGCUAGAUUUGGCUACAGACUCCCAGCAGAAGGCUUGAAGGGAUUCCUGAUAAAUUCAAAACCAGAAAAUGCAUGUGAGCCUAUAGCCCCACCUCCACUGAAAGACAACUCAUCCAGUGCUUUUAUUGUGUUAAUUCGGAGGCUUGAGUGCAACUUUGAUAUCAAGGUUUUAAAUGCACAGAGAGCUGGAUACAAGGCAGCUAUAGUUCACAAUGUUGAUUCUGAUGACCUCAUAAGCAUGGGAUCCAACGACAUUGAGGUUUUAAAGAAGAUUGACAUUCCUUCUGUCUUUAUUGGCGAGACAUCAGCUAAUUCUCUUAAAGAAGAAUUUACUUAUGAAAAGGGUGGCCAUGUUGUGUUAAUCCCAGAAUUCAGUCUUCCUUUGGAGUAUUACUUAAUCCCUUUUCUAAUAAUAGUGGGGAUCUGUCUUAUUCUCAUCGUCAUAUUUAUGAUCACAAAAUUUGUGCAAGACAGACACAGAGCAAGAAGGAAUCGGCUUAGGAAGGAUCAACUUAAGAAACUUCCUGUACAUAAAUUUAAGAAAGGAGAUGAAUACGAUGUAUGUGCCAUCUGUCUGGAUGAAUAUGAGGAUGGAGACAAGCUCAGAAUCCUCCCGUGUUCUCAUGCGUAUCACUGCAAGUGUGUGGACCCAUGGCUGACAAAAACCAAAAAAACCUGUCCUGUGUGUAAGCAGAAAGUGGUCCCUUCUCAGGGGGACUCUGACUCUGAAACGGACAGUAGUCAAGAGGAGAAUGAAGUGUCGGAAAAUACUCCAUUGCUUAGACCCUUAGCCUCAGUUAGCACUCAGUCGUUCGGGGCUCUGUCAGAGUCUCAUUCCCACCAGAACAUGACCGAGUCCUCCGAGUACGAGGAGGACGACAACGACAACAUUGAUAGCAGUGAUGCAGAGAAUGGAAUAAACGAAGAAAGUGUAGUGGUGCAGCUCCAGCCCAGUGAUGAAAGGGAGUACAGAGUGGCAAAUACUGUUUGAGACUACUAACGAUGAAUAGUGUAUGAACAAAAGAGUUCUUAAGGCUCUACUUUACAAACCUUUAUGUAGGGAAUAUAUUUUAAUCUGUAAUCCAUUUGGUUUCUUCGGUAGGAGCAGCAGUUCAUGUAGUAGUACUAUGGUUAAAUCAUUACUGAUAGAUUUAUUUUUGAUUCAGGUAUUCAGUCACACAUUCUGUCUUCUCAAAAUGAACAGUUUAACUGGACUUCACAAUGUUAAUGAAUAAUGUUAAUAGUUUAUAUCAAUAGAAAUAUCACACAGACUAAGUGUAUCUUGUUGAAACGGGAUUUAUCUGGAAUAAUUUUUUUCCAUUUUGUAGCUACAACUGGGUCAUACUGAUAGCAAUAUUUAUUACAUGUAUGGUAUGUGUUAGCCCUUAAGCCCAACAAAAAAAUGUAUUUGCAUGUUUGUAUAGAGUUUUCCUAAAAACUGUCACCACCACUGAAAGAAAAACGUAGAACAGAUCAAUAUUCUGUAUGCUGGUGUAUCAAAACAAAGCAGAAGAAAUUCCACUUCGGUCUCAAAGCAGCGAUUCCAAAUAAUCCCUUGAAGUUUGCCACAGUAGCUGAGUUCAAGCAGUUCCAUUGAGCAGCCCCUAGGAUCAGGCAUCUUAGAAUACGUGUUUAGUUUUGAGCAGUUCACAAGGUAAGAUCCACCCUAAUCCUGUUAAUUAUUCCUACCUGCUCCUAUGAUGUUGUCUGGUUUCCAGUGGGGAUGUGGGAGUUGGGGUGUGGGGAGGUGAUCAAAACAGAGGUUUUGUUCCACACAGAAAAAUAAUUUUUGGUAAGUAUUGUAUUGAUCCUCAACUCAUAUACCUCUUACUAAAGAGCAUUUUAUGCUGUAUUAGUCUGCUAAACUAUGUAUAUAGAAAAAUUGUUCUUUUCAAAUACCUGAUUUGAAAACAAGUGCUAUAACUGUUUAACAGAACUCAGUACUUACCAGUGUAUCAUGGGAAAAGCAAAUGCUAUAUAAUACCUCUGUAACUAUGUAGAAAGUAAAAACAUGCAUAUAAUCAAAAUGCAGAGAUUUUUUUUUAUAUGGUCUUGAAUAAGGAAAGCUUGAAAGAAUGUUAAUAAACAUCUUUUCCACUUUAAGUAUCAAAA